CGCGCGACAUCGUAGAGCUGCAACGGCCGUCUUCGAACGUUGCUCGCGCGACUCGAUAUUCGAACGCGACGUUUUAUCGAGAAUUCGAGUUUUGCCUUUUCUCUUUAUCGAUACGACUGGAUAUAAUAUAUUAUAUUAAAAAUUCGUUUAUACUUUUUGUAUGUGUGAACAGUAAAAUAGUGUUUUUGUAAAGCAGUGUUUUAUUCGAACGACCAGUGCACACGAUCGUUUCGUAACGUCCCCUCGUAUACUACGAAGUACUCGUACAUACGUCUGUGUGAAGUUCUACCUGCAGCCGGACAAAGGAUGGCCAAGUUGUACGGCAGCAUCAAAACACACGCAUACGUUAUACUCGAAUUAAGGAAAGAGAAGAGCAGGGAUGCAGCGAGGUCACGUCGUGGAAAAGAAAACUUCGAGUUCUACGAGCUAGCAAAAAUGCUGCCUUUGCCCGCAGCUAUAACGUCACAACUGGACAAAGCUUCUAUAAUUAGGUUAACAAUUUCUUACCUCAAAUUACGCGACUUCUCGGGUCACGGCGAUCCACCAUGGAGUCGAGAUACACCGCCACCCAACAAAUCAGUUAAAGGUGCGAAUCGAGUCAGGUCACCUGCGUCGAUAGCAGUUGACAUGUUUGAACAACACCAAGGUACCCACAUACUGCAGUCCUUGGACGGAUUUGCAAUGGCUGUGGCUGCUGAUGGAAGGUUUCUAUAUAUUUCUGAGACUGUAUCAAUUUACCUCGGCCUUUCUCAGGUAGAAAUGACGGGAUCGAGCAUAUUCGACUACGUUCAUCAGCACGACCACUCGGAGGUGGCCGAUCAACUGGGCCUCGGCCUGACGAGCUCGUCCUCGUCGUCGGGGCAGCACUCGUCGAGCUCGGGUCUCGCCUCGCCAGGCAGCGGAGCUUCCGAAGAUCACGGUUCGUCAACUGCGAAUCCCGAUGUGUCGUCGGUGAUGUCUCUCACGGCGAGUGGCUCGUUCAAGGGCUACGAUCGAGCUUUUUGCGUGCGCAUGAAGUCGACCCUGACCAAGCGAGGAUGCCACUUCAAAUCGUCCGGCUAUCGGGUUGUCCUAUUCCUCUGUCGUUUGAGGCCGCAAUACACAUUUAGUCACUCGAGGAAAUCGGCGCCACCGUUGAUGGGUAUGGUCGGACUGGCGAUUGCGCUUCCGCCGCCGAGCGUACAUGAAAUAAGGCUAGAGACGGACAUGUUUGUCACGCGCAUCAAUUUUGACUUCCGGAUAGCGCAUUGCGAGCCCAAAGUUUCCGAAUUGUUGGAUUAUACAGCGGAUGAGCUGACCGGGAAAAACCUGUACACGCUCUGCCACGGCGAGGACGCCAAUCGACUUCGAAAAGCUCACAUGGAUCUGAUCCACAAAGGUCAAAUUCUGACGCAUUACUACCGAUUAAUGAACAAAAGCGGAGGCUACACGUGGAUGCAGACUUGCGCAACCGUCGUCUGUAACUCGAAAAACGCCGACGAGCAAAAUAUCAUUUGCGUCAACUACGUUAUCAGCGGUCGAGAGUACGCCAACUUGAUAAUGGACUGCUGCCAACUCGAGGACUCUGGUGUGACAGGUGUCAAGCGAGAGGAUACCGCCGGCAACGAUCCCGAAAACGGCUCGCCCGAUGCUGAUAGAGGAGAAGGUCGGAGCAGUGGGGGCCCAGCGAAUCAGCAUUCGGAGCACUCGCAUCGAUCGCCGCACAAUGAGCACGACGAGGUACGAGGCACGGAAACGGAUAUUUCUAAUCGCGGAGGAUUGCGCCACGACAACGUGGUGGCCCAGUUGCAGUCGCACACGGAGAGCCGCGGAAAAAUGAGGCGCAGAAACAAGCGGAAAAUCGCGGCGGUCGAGGAGAGCAGCUCGAGCGAGGACGACGACGACGAGGAAGAUUCAGGCCUGAAAACGAGCUCGGCAGUCACGGCCAACGGUCGGAGUCACGCGCUCAGUCCCGCGUCGUCGAUUCACUCGGUGCCGACGAGCGAGCAGCUCCUCAGGACGAACAGCCCGAAAGUCCGACGCACAGAGGAUCUCGGUGAUACUCAUCACGGGCCGUCAAGCGUCGCUACCGGGGCGACCUCGGUGAAGGAUCUCGAACAGGCGAUGUCGAAGCACCUGCCCGGCGCACCGGGACUCAAUAAGGCCGAGUCGCCGAUAGCUCUACACCAACCCACUGACUUUAGCACCGACGCACUCUUGAAACAGCAGCAGCAAAAGUCGACGAUUCAAUGGAUCGGGGCGCAUCACCACUUGGGCCAUCUCAGUCCGCAACAAUCGGGUCUGCCGUCCUCGGCCCUGUUGCGACAGCUCUACGCCAACCGGGAGAGCGUCAUCCGGGCUAAUGUGCACGGCACGGGCACCGUCGGCUCGCGAGCCCCAUCGGCCGGUGGCUACUACGACAAUCCACAAGCUGGUGGUCCGUUGCCGACGCCGCCCGGUUCCGAAGGCUCGUCCGGAUACGGCGAGCACCAGUUCGCGGUUUUGGCAGCGGCAGCGGCUGCGCAGAAGGGCUCGGCAGGCGAUGGUUUCGCUGGUCUCACGGCCUCUUAUCCGCCAACACCCGGGGCCUACGGACUGGACUACCACUCGGCGGCCAUGACGCCUCCGUCCUCGGUGUCCCCGCGCGACAAGCAUCAACAGCAACAGCAGCAGCUUCAAUCGCAGCACCAGUCGCAGCAUCAGUCUCAGCAGCAACAGCAGCAGUCGCAACAGCAGCAGCAUCAGCAGCAGCAACAACAGCAACAGCAGCAGCAACUCGUCAACAACUACGAGGCUGCGGCUGUCUAUGGUGAGCAGGUUUUGCGUCAUCAGUACGAGCCUGCUCAGCCACUGCCGCUGAAACCUCAAGUCUAUUCGGCCAUGCAUCCCAGCGCCUUAGACGCCUAUGCCACGAGCCUGAGUGGAGAGCAACCUCAGUUUUAUCAUCAUCCAAGUGCACCGGGUGGCUUUCAUCUAUAUCACCCUAGCAAUAAAGCUACCGCCAACGCUUGGUACGGAUCCGCUUCCUAGUAACUCGGUCGUAUACGAGCUCUCUUUUCAACCCGUACUUAAGUUUUUCCACGAAGAAUUGCUCUAUUGCCUAGUUUUAGGCUCAAGCCAAAGUUAUUAUCAAUUGAAUUGCAAAUUACUUCACACGAAAAGUAUUUUCGAAUGCAAAUCAAUCUGUAAAAAACCGAUACAAGGAUUACUUGAACUCAAAGAACUAUUAGGUACAUGCAGAUUUGCACUAAAGCUGCAUUGUUUGCUUUUCAAGAUAGUUACGCUGUAUUUAAAGCGUCUAAAAUGUUAGGUUUUCGGAAAUAAUUAUCACACGAUUUUAUAGCUCGAGACAAAUGUCUGAAAAUUUAAGUUGAAUCUCGAAUUUGGUUUUGGGACAAUCGUGCAUUAUUUAUAUAGUAUUCGCCCUAAUUUUAUUCAUCAAUGUUAAAGUAACAUUAACUCAUGACUGAAAUAGCGUAAAAAGAUGCAUUUUUUAAAUAUUUCUAGUGCCAAGAGUACUUAGAUAUUAUUAACGAAUUUUGGCAUAUUCUCUGGCAAGUUUGAUUUAACAAUGAGGUAUACGUUAUUUAUGAAGAACAGUAUGGUUUUUCAUGUUGUUUAUAGAUGUGAAAAGAAAUUUUUUUAAAUGUUUUGAAAGUGAUCUAAAUUUUACAUUUUAUUUUAGUUGAAUUUGUUAUGAAACAAAUUGAAAAGUAUGUUUCAUGGUAUGUUUAAUGACCAGAAAUAUUUGUCAACUUCGUCGUUCCCACUUAAUCGUAUGAAUUAGUGAAUGUGUGGGAAUACUAAUAUUUGCUUGUUAUCAAAGCAAAGUAAAAAUGUAUGGUGCAAUAAAAUAAAAUACAACAAAACCAAGAAUAAUAUAUCUUGAGAUAACUUGUGAUUGUAUUUACGAUAAAUUGUGUGGUAUUGUAACAUUUUACAUUACGAAUUAUUAGUCGAUCUAAUGUACCUUAUCUGCUAUAUUAGGUAUAUAGUAACUUAUAUAUAGUAGAGUAUCCGGAAAAGCAGAUUAAAGGGUCAAACAUUGAACGUGUUCUGAAAGUCGUGAAAAAACAACUUUCAUAUACAUACUGUAAGUAAGUAAUAUAUUUAAUGAGUAAAAAAUAUAUAACCUUAAAGACUUUUGUUUCCUUUCUGGUAAAUUUUUUAAGUGUAAUUAUGAAUUAAUAUGAAGUAAUUUGUAAAGAGUGACUUUUAACAAAUGAUUAUUGUGACGACAGAGAGAAGUAAAACGUGUGAUAUAAAGAAGAUGAAAAAAACAAAAUAUGCCCAUUAUAUUAUGGUAUAUACGAUGUAUAAUUAAAUGGAAAAAAUUGCACGAACUGGAUGAAUGUGUGUACGUUAUAAACAUAAAAAAGACUAGAAAAACUAAUACAUACUAUAUAUAUUAUGAAUUUUCAUUAAAUUAAGCGCUAUACGUGUUAUAUUUUUUGUUGAUUUAGCUAUGUACAGAUUUACUUUACGAAUGUUAACUUUAUAAGAAUUGCAAGGCAAAAUAUAAAAAUAAUGUCGUUUUUAGUAUGAAAAUAAAACUGAGAUCUGUUUUACCUUACGGAUACUCAUCGAAUUAAGAUAUCAUGACACGAAUGUAAAAAUAUAAAAUGAAUUAAUGUCUGAUUAUAGUAAUUUGAAAGUAUGCAUUAAUAUACGCUUUGUAAAAUACAAAAUUUUUACAUAUUGAUUUUGCAACUACUCAUCACUACAUGCGAAAAUUCAGUUCAAUUUUAUAUCGGCAUAUUUCAAAAUUUAACAGAGAUUUGUCUCAUCAGAAUAAUUAUUCUUUACAAAAUAUUGUUUGUUUAUAAUCAAACUUUAAGGAAAUACUAUA